AUGCCGGACCUGCCGUGCGACGGGGACGGGGUGUGCAUGGCGUGCCGCGCCGCGGCGCCCGCCGAGGUCGACCUGCUGCACUGCACCACCUGCGCCACGCCCUGGCACUCCCCCUGCCUCUCCCGCCCGCCCGCGCUCGCCGACGCCGCCGCCUGGGUCUGCCCCGACUGCUCCGGCUCCUCCUCCCCCUCCGCCGCCGCCGCCGCGCCGGCCCCCUCCCUCGCCGCCGGGGGCGGCGCCGCGGGGGACAUGCUGGCCGCCAUCCGCAGGAUCGAGGCCGACCCCGCGCUCUCCGACCUCGACAAGGCGCGCGCGCGCCAGGAGAUCCUCGGCGGCGCCGCGCAGCGGAAGGCGGCCGCCGAGCAGGAGGACGAGGAUGGGGACGACGACGACGACCCGCUCGUCAAGAGGUUCUCCUGCACCUUCUGCAUGAAGCUCCCCGACCGCCCCGUCACCACACCAUGUGGCCAUAACUUCUGCCUGAAAUGCUUUGAAAAGUGGAUUCAUAGUGGAAAAAGGACGUGUGGGAAAUGCCGGGGACCGAUCCCAGCCAAGAUGGCAGAACAGCCAAGGAUUAACGCAGCAUUAGUUACAGCUAUCCGUAUGGCUAGGACUAAGAAGAAUGCUAAGUCAGCUGGCUCGGCAAAUGCAUAUCAUUACAUAAGAAAUGAAGCUAGACCAGAAGCAGCUUUUACAACUGACAGGGCAAAGAGGUCUGGCAAAGCGAAUGCUGCCAGUGGUCAGAUAUUUGUGACUACUCCACCUGAUCAUUUUGGCCCCAUUCUUGCAAAAAACGACCCAAGAAGGAAUACUGGUGUUCUAGUUGGGGAAACCUGGGAAGAUCGCCUUGAGUGCAGGCAAUGGGGUGCUCAUUUACCUCACGUAGCUGGUAUUGCUGGCCAGUCCACACAUGGUGCUCAGUCAGUAGCACUUUCAGGAGGUUACAUAGAUGACGAGGACCAUGGAGAAUGGUUUCUGUAUACCGGAAGUGGCGGAAGAGAUCUUAGCGGGAACAAGAGAACAAACAAGGAGCAAUCUUCAGAUCAGAAAUUUGAAAAUUAUAAUGCUGCUUUGCGUCUUAGUUGCUUGAAGGGUUACCCUGUUAGGGUUGUACGGUCCCACAAAGAGAAGCGUUCUUCCUAUGCUCCUGAGGAAAAAGGUGUGCGGUAUGAUGGAAUUUACAGAAUUGAGAAAUGUUGGAGGAAGAUCGGUGUUCAGGGUACUUACAAGGUCUGCAGGUAUCUCUUUGUGCGCUGUGACAACGAGCCAGCUCCUUGGACCAGUGAUCUUCAUGGUGACCGGCCAAGACCACUGCCCAAGAUUAAGGAGCUGCAACGUGCAACUGACAUCACUGAGAGGAAAGAAUCCCCUUCAUGGGACUAUGAUGAGAAAGCAGGCUGGAAGUGGGUGAAGGAUCCACCAAUCAGCAAGAAGCCUGUCCAAUCAGGGAACCCUGUAUCUGACAAGGAGAUCAGGAAGUACCAAAGGCAAGCCCGUAUGUCCGUGUCUGAAAGGCUGCUGAAAGAGUUUGGGUGUUCCAUUUGCCGCAACGUGAUAAAAGAACCAAUGACCACUCCCUGUGCCCACAACUUCUGCAAGAUGUGUCUGCUUGGAUCAUUUGAAGACAAGGCUUCUAUGAGGGAGAGAAGCAGGGGUGGCCGCACUCUACGGGCGCAGAAGAUUGUGAAGAAGUGCCCUUUGUGCCCCACUGACAUCUGUGACUUCAUGGAGAACCCACAGAUCAACAGGGAGAUGAUGGAAUUUAUUGAGUCUCUGCAAAGCCAGGCCGCCGAGGAUGCCAAAGUCGCGGAGGAAUCUGAUGAGGAGAAUGAGGAUGCUCUGGAGAAGGAGGAUGGUGACGACAGCAGCUUGAACGAGGAGGAGAAUGACGGUCCUGAGAAGAAGACUGAAGAUCUUGGAGAACAGGAUGCUGAUGUUAAGAAGUUGGUCAAGAUUGUGGUCACGAGCAAGGAAGAAAUUGUCAAGAAGGGUCGGAAGCGCAAAGGAGACGACGAGGAAGGCAAGGAUGAGACGAAGACCAAGAUUGCCGCUGCUGAUGCAGCUGUGGACAAUGCAGCUGAAGAGGAUGCUGUGAAGAAACAGGAGGCGGAGAAGGGUAGUGCUGAAAACAAGGAGGGAGAAGGUGCCCAGCAGCAGGUUCAGAAGAAGCGCAAGGGGCGCGGCGCCGAGACAGCGACCACCGCCACAGCUGGCGGCGGGAAAAGGAAGAAGACUGGUCACGCUGCAGUUGCAGCUGAAGAGAAGAAGAUCGUCAGAUCUGCCACUGUAGGUGGCAGUCCUGCUGCUGCCAGCAGCCCUCGCAGGUCGGUGAGGGGCGGUGUCAAGGGUACUGGUGAGGCUGAUGGUAGCCCUGCUUCCAGGACCAGGAGCUGCGCCAAGGCGGUCGGCAGUGGCAACUGAAGCCCGCCUGAGGCGGAUGAGGAGUCCUGAGGCUACUGCCACCAUUGAUGAUGAAGAAGGCAGAAGCCACAGACCUCAGUUCUUCGAGGUCAGGCUCCGAUUUUUGGCUGGUUUGUUGCGUAUGAUAUAUAACCUAUAUAUAUGUAUUUAGACUGCUUGCUGCGUCUCUUUGAAUGGGAGAUAGGCAGAUUGAACUGGAGCUAGAUUGCUGCCAAUCCUUUUGGGUGAAACAAAACCUUGUAGUCAAAUUGAGUACCCCUGCAUAUUGGUUCUGGAUGUUGGUACUGUUAGUGAUGGUCAA